CUGGUGCUGUAUAAAAGAGUGGCAGCGUCUUCCACUAUCAGAGACCCCCAGCUGCUCAGUGCACCGUAGGCCCGAACAUCAUGCGUGAAAUAGUGCAUCUGCAAAUCGGACAAUGUGGCAACCAGAUCGGCUCCAAGUUUUGGGAAGUGAUAACUGAAGAACAUGGGAUCAAUGCAACAGGAAAAUACAUUGGAGACAGCCACGUCCAACUGGAGAGGGUCAAUGUCUACUUCAACGAAGCACACGGUGGGAAGUAUGUACCCCGAGGCCUGCUGGUGGACCUGGAGCCUGGCACCAUGGACAGCGUCAGAGGAAGUCGCAUCGGCGCUCUGUUUAGACCAGAUAAUUUCAUCUACGGAAACUCUGGCGCUGGGAACAACUGGGCCAAAGGCCACUACACGGAGGGAGCAGAGCUGGUGGAGCAGGUCAUCGACAGAGUGAGACAUGAGAGUGAAAGCUGCGACUGCCUUCAGGGCUUCCAGCUCAUCCACUCACUGGGUGGUGGCACCGGCUCUGGGAUGGGAACCUUGAUCAUUAAUAAAAUCAAGGAGGAGUACCCUGACCGCAUCAUGAAUACCUUCAGUAUCAUGCCCUCACCUAAAGUCUCUGACACAGUGGUGGAGCCGUACAACGCCACCCUGUCCGUCCACCAGCUCCUGGAGAACACAGACGGGACCUUCUGCAUUGACAACGAGGCGCUCUAUGACAUCUGUUUCCGUACGCUGAAACUGACCACGCCGACGUACGGCGACCUCAACCACUUGGUGUCCCUGACCAUGAGCGGAGUCACGACCUCCCUGAGGUUCCCCGGACAGCUCAACGCAGACCUGAGGAAGCUGGCCGUCAACAUGGUGCCUUUCCCUCGCCUCCACUUCUUCAUGCCAGGCUUUGCCCCCCUGACGGCCCGCGGCAGCCAACAGUACAGAGCCCUGACGGUGCCUGAGCUCACGCAGCAGAUGUUCGACCCCCGUAACAUGAUGACGGCGUGCGACCCAAGGAGAGGGCGCUACCUCACCGUGGCAGGUAUUUUCCGUGGGAGGAUGUCCACCAAAGAGGUGGAUGAACAAAUGCUCGCGAUCCAGCAGAAGAACAGCAGUUACUUUGUGGAAUGGAUUCCACACAAUGUCAAAGUGGCCGUCUGUGAUAUUCCACCCCGGGGUCUCAAAAUGGCUUCCACCUUCAUCGGCAAUAACACGGCCAUUCAGGAGAUAUUCCGUCGCGUGGGUGAGCAGUUCUCCCUGAUGUUCAAGCGGAAGGCCUUCCUUCACUGGUACACAGGGGAAGGCAUGGAUGAACUGGAGUUCACGGAGGCAGAGAGUAACCUCAACGACCUGGUGUCAGAAUACCAGCAGUAUCAAGAUGCCACAGCUGAUUUUCAUUCUGAAGCAGAGGAAGAAGAAGAGGAGGACGACCCCCCGACAACGCAAACACCAAAGACUUCUAAGUCUCAAAUACAGAGAGAGAUAGACACAAUCCAAGAAACUGUAGAGGUCGAGUAAAAGUUUGAGGGAUACAUUGUGGUGCUUUGGUUUGACCUGUGGCAAGAAUGUGAAGUUUGAAUGGAGUGGAGAGGCCAUAGACUCAUGUAAAUGUAACUUGUGUCAAACAGAACAAGAAGAAUUUAAAUUUAACAUAGACUCCUAUUCUGUCCACAUGACCACUAUCGUGUUGUUUCCUUGUGGUUUACAGCUACUUCCUGUGUGCUUCCUGAGUUGUAUUUAUCAAAGUGAUGCCAACGUCCAUUCUUAAAUACAAUACAUUCUAUAAUUGUAAAUAUUGUGGGUUUUUUAAAAUAAUUAUU